AUGUGCAUGAAGAGGGCGUCCAUGCGCUUCACUGAUGCAUUUCUGUCACAGUCAAUCUCCGUCUGCGCAGCAGGGAUGCAGCCACCUCCGAAGAGGAGCAAACCGUAUGUACAACUUGCCUUAAGUGCAUCCUGGGAGAAGGAUGGUAGCCCCGCAGGAAAGUUCACAGCCUACGGAAAGCAGCCGAAAGUGAUCGACCCGCCCGGCGUCGUGAUGAAGGUGCUGCGCAGGAAGAGAACCAUCCUCUUCCUGGCGUAUGUGCUGCUGCUCUUUCUGGCCAUGCUCAACCUGGCCAGCUACAAGUGGACCAAGGAGCCGCAGCAGUGCGGCGCCGCCGCCGCCGCGAAUACGAGUGUGCCCCGGCAAGGCGCACCCCAGCCCCGGUUCCUUUCUGGAAAGGAGGUGGACAGGCGAAGGCAGCUCAUCUACGUGUUCACCACCUGGCGCUCGGGAUCCUCGUUCUUCGGGGAGCUCUUUAACCAAAACCCGGAGGUGUUUUUCUUAUACGAGCCCAUGUGGCACAUCUGGCAGAAGCUCUACCCGGGAGACGCGGUUUCACUUCAGGGGGCGGCUAGGGACAUGCUUAACUCACUGUACCGCUGCGACUUCUCCGUUUUCCAGCUCUAUAACAUGCCGGGGGCCAAAAACCUUACCUCUCUGGGGCUUUUUGGGGCCACCCUGAAUAAAGUCACCUGCUCAUACCCAUUUUGCUCCGCUUACAGGAAAGACAGAGUGGGCAUGGUGGACGAGAAGGUGUGUCGGAAGUGUCCGUCCCAAAGCCUGCGAAUGCUGGAAGCCGAGUGCCUCAAGUACCGCACGGUGGUCAUUAAGGGAGUGCGCAUUUUGGACAUCGGCAUCUUAGCGCCACUGAUGAAGGAUCCUUCGUUGGACCUCAAGGUGAUACACCUCGUGAGGGACCCAAGGGCUGUGGCCAAUUCCAGGAUCAAAUCAAGGCACGGCUUGAUACGCGAGAACCUGCAGGUGGUGCGAAGUAGAGACUCUAAGCUGCACCGGAUACCCCUCGUGGACCCCAUGCACAGGGCGUCCAAAAAAGACGGCCCCGACUUUCACUCCAUCGGGGCGAUGGAAGUGAUCUGCGACAGGACUUUCCAGACUUUGCGGACCGCUCUGAAACCUCCCAGCUGGCUUAAAGGGAAGUACAUGGUGGUGCGUUACGAGGAUCUGGUGGAGAAUCCCAUUAAAAUUCUGCGCAGCGUCUACGGGUUCAUGAACCUGACCGCGAACCGCGACAUCGAGGCCUUCGCCAUGAACAUGACCGGCGGCACGGGAUCCUCGUCCUUGCCCUUCAUCGUGUCGUCCAGAAACGCCACGCAGGCAGCCAGCGCCUGGAGGACCGUGCUGAGCCUGCAGCAGAUCCGGCAGGUGGAGGAGUACUGCAAACAUUCCAUGGAGGUGCUGGGCUACGAGCUGGUCAGAGCGGUGGGGGACGCCCGGGACCUCAGCAAGUCCCUGCUCACGGCUCCCAGGCUCUGACAGCAUGCCCCGAUGGGCUUUUUAUUUUUUUUAAUUUUUUUGGGGGGGGGGGGAGGCGACAUUUAAGCUGCUCUUUCUUUCAUCGAAUGUAGGCUAUAUUUUCAGGUUUUAAACACGUGACUGUUAAUACACGUUACGGGGGGGUCCUAAGUUUGAGACUAAUUUUAGUUUUGGUUAUAUCGCCUAUAAAGCGGGCAUUUGAACUUACGGGAUCUCUCUGUUCGUCUCCGUUUUUAUUCAGUUAUUGGGUUUCAGAACCGUCCCUGUGGGUGGAAAAUUACUUUGUUUGAUAAGCUAGUGUCACUUUGUUCCUGAGAGACAAUCGCGAAUUAAAAAAAUGUUCAUUAAC